AUACUUUGCAACAUCGUUGACUGCAAGUCUACUAUCCAACGUUUACUUCCCACACUUCACAAGCACUUGGUCCUUCUGCAAACAUCUUCUCUAAGAGAUCGUCUCUGUGUGACACGAAUGCGGAUUUCCAGCAGUGAAUCCCGGGAAAAACACCAAAAUAUUUUAAUUUACUCUUCAAUCAGUGAGGACUCAUGAACAUCACUUAUUCGACUUCAAAUUUUCGUUUCAGAUUCGUCAGAUACUGUUGAGACUGACAACAUCAGUGAUGGUCAUCAAUUGUUGGAUAAUUUAUCCAAGGACUUCCGGUUGCCACAUACAUUAUUUCCAUAUUUCUACGAUUUACGGAUUCAAGUGCAUUUGCACGAUAACCAGACUAAGGAAUUUUUCUUCAAUGGUUCUGUGUCAAUAAAACUAAACUGUCAAGUAUCGACAACCGAAUUCUUCGUGCAUGCAUACAAUAAUUUGAAUGUGAGCCUAGAUCAAAUCCAUAUGUUUUCCCUCGAUGAUCAAGAUCAAAAAAAUUCCCCUGUCGAGAUAGAAAACAUAACUUACCACAAGGAUGCAGAGUGUUAUCAAAUACGCCUACUAACGCCUUUACAACCAUACACUCACUACAUCCUGACAUUUGAACAGUUUCGUUCUGAUAUUAAAUUUGGUUCUGCUGGUUUGUUUCUUAGCCAAUAUGUGGAGAAUGGAACUAAUAAAUAUUUAGCAAGUACUCAAUUUGAACAAACUCUUGCAAGGCGCGUAUUUCCAUGUUGGGAUGAGCCGGAAUUCAAAGCACAAUUCAAGGUCAACAUUAUACGCCACGAUACAUUUCAUUCGCUUUCAAACAUGAAUUUGGAAAGGACGGAAGUGUUGCACGAUGAUUGGCGUAUGGACGUUUACAACAUCAGUGUGAUAAUGCCCACAUAUCUAUUGGCGUUUGUAGUCUCACAAUUUUCAAAUAUUCAGAAGACAGAUAAUCAAGGAAGAAACGUGAGUUCGAUCAGUCACAAAAUUUUGCACACUCCAACUUAUUUAGUUAAAAUUUAACACUUUAUUUUGGUUCUGUAUUGGAACAGUGUACAUCUACAUACUACAAUGUGGGAGUAUGAGAAGUAUGUUUGAGAAAUUUAUACGAUCCAACGACUGAGUUCGCUGGAAAGUACAGGAAACCAGAAAGAUCAUUCCGAAACACGGAAAGCAGAG